AUGCUCUCCAUAUCUGUCAUCAAUGACACCGCCUUCCAUCCUUCCACAUUUAUUCUCCUUGGAAUCCCUGGGAUGCAAGAUCAGCACGUGUGGGCUGCCAUCCCCUUCUGCUCCAUGUAUAUUCUGGCUCUGGUUGGCAAUGGCACCAUCCUCUACAUCAUCAUGACAGACAGAACUCUGCAUGAGCCAAUGUACCUCUUCCUGUGCCUGCUUUCUAUCACUGACCUGGUUCUCUGUUCGACCACGUUGCCCAAAAUGCUAACAAUAUUUUGGUUUAGGUCCCAUAUGAUUUCCUACCAUGGCUGCCUCACCCAGAUGUUUUUUGUUCAUACCAUCUUUGCCACAGAGUCGGCUGUUCUACUGGCCAUGGCUUUUGACCGCUAUGUGGCUAUCUGCCGUCCACUUCAUUAUACAUCCAUCCUCAAUGCCACAGUGAUUGGAAAGAUUGGUCUGGCAUGUGUGGCCCGUGGCCUUCUCUUUGUUUUCCCCUUUGUCAUCCUCAUCAAACGCUUACCUUUCUGUGGACAUCGCAUCAUCCCCCACACUUACUGUGAGCAUAUGGGCAUUGCCAAGCUGGCCUGUGCCAGCAUCAAGCCCAACACAAUUUAUGGUCUCACUGUGGCACUUUCAGUCACUGGCAUGGAUGUGGUCCUCAUCGCCACCUCCUAUGGCUUGAUCCUGCGGGCUGUGCUGAGCCUUCCCUCCAAGGAUGCCCAAUUCCGAGCAUUUAGCACUUGUGGGGCCCACAUUUGUGUGAUUCUGAUUUUCUAUGUGCCUGCCUUCUUUUCAUUUUUCACCCACCGCUUCGGCCACCAAGUACCUCCUCAUGUCCACAUCGUAUUUGCAAAUCUCUAUCUCCUCGUGCCCCCUGUUCUUAACCCUCUUGUCUAUGGCAUUAAUACCAAACAAAUUCGCCUGAGAAUAUUUGGCUUUUUUAUGGGAAGGAGGUAG